UGUCAAAAAGAUCGGCAUAAUGUCACUUUUCAAGAUACGUUCGUGGUACCCGUGCCGUGUGAAAUAACGUAGGUUUUCUUAAGAUAUUGAAUUAUUGACUUAGCAUAAGCUGUUAUACACGUGUUGUCCGUCGCUGAUCUUGUGAAGUCCAUUGUUUUUUCCUACUACCGACUUUGUCUUUUAUUACCGAAUUUCAAGGAUAUUCUACCGAUUUAAUCUUUUACGGUUCGGCAACACUGUAUAUCAAAAUAUUACAAUACAAUUGGUAUAGGUAUAUCAAAAUUAUCAAAUUUGACAAAACCUUGUUGGUGGAUGCAUUUAACUUUAACAUAUUUGAAAAUAAAAAUACUCAUUCAUAAUAUUUACGCCGUUUCAUAAGUAGAUUGUCUAGGUACUAUUUUCGUUGUUUGAAGUGAUUUCACCAUAAUAUUUACCAAACAAACGUGCACUCGUUUUGAGUGGAGCCUAGUAUACUUGAAUUAGUGCAUAUUUAGCUAUAUAAAAUUAGGAUACUAGGGAAAAUGCCUGCGGCAGUCCAAGAAACAAAUAAAGCUGAACAUUCAGAUCAAAUGUGGAAAGUGCUAAAGAUACACCUUUUGAGGGAGAGGGCUCGUAAGAAGCAAGAAAGGGAGCAGGAGGUUGAAGAGGAACGUUUGCGAAAAGAAAGAGAAGCUAGAGAACAGCAGGAUGUUAUGACUUUAGGCGAGACAAGAGAACAGAUAUCACAACUAGAGACAAAGCUCCAACAGCUUAAGGAAGAGAAACACCAACUGUUUUUGCAGUUAAAGAAGGUAUUGAAUGAGGAUGACAAUAGGCGUAGGCAGUUGGUGAAAGAAAAUGCUGAACAGAUGAUGGCCAUGCAGACCAUGGCAGUACCUCCAGCAAAUAUGGUACCAAAUGGGCCUUCUGCAGCUUCUGUUCAGUUGUACAUACAGCAGCAACAACAGCAGCAACCAAGAUUGGUACAACCUCAACAGCAAUCUCAGGUCCAACCGGGUUUCAAAACAAAUGCCACAGUAAAGAGGCCCAGAAGUCCGAGUCCACCUCCUCCUCCUCCUCAGCAGGUACCAGUUUCUUUGUACCAUGCUGCUGCAGGAUAUGGAUACAAACCCCCUCCACAAGCCUAUCAGGGAUCACCACAGAAAGAUGAUGGCAGACGUAAUGAACUUGUGCGAGCUGUACUAUGGAACAAAACCCCACAAUACGCCAGCCAACCAUCAGCAUUCUAUCCGGUGCCUUCUCCACAAGAUCUGCCAAUCUAUUAUCCGCUGUCUCGUGAGCCACCUCCAGGCAGGGUGUACGGUGAUCCGCCAAGACCCCAGCCAAAUCAACCGCCCUACCAUUUGGAACCCAAGCAGUUGAUGGCCGACCAUUAUGUCAACAUCAGAGCCUCUCAACAAGCGCCACAGCAGCAACAGCCGCCCCAGCAUCCACAGCAACAGCACAUUGGAGGGCAUGUGAUGGGUAUGAGCGGCGGUCAACAAGGUCAGCCGAAAGGUAAGAUGUUACAAUACGAUAUAGUCCAAUCUUCAGGGGGUUGGGUGACGGAAACAUCAAUAACGGCCUUGAAGGAGAUGGAUAAAGACGUUACUUUCGAAAACAACAGCCGCAUGACGUCAUCAGAAGUAGGCCGGUCGAGCGGCCAACAUACCGUAUAUCAGCAAAAGUGAAUACAUAAGUUAUGUUGCAUAUUAUUUUCAUAUUUUAACAUACUCUUCCUGCUGGAAACGACGUAUAAAUAAUUCAAAAACGUGUUUUGGAAUAAAAAGGCAACUUUGUGCAAAAGAUUUAAGUAUUCGUAAGUAUUUUCACAAAUAUUUCGUCCAUUAGGUGUGCGCCUGAAAGUUUUUUUUUGUCCAAUACAUGUGCAUAAACAAUUCUGGGCUUAACUGGAGAAAAGUGCGCCAUUGCUAUACUACUCAGUGCAUUAUUAUCGCUUACAACACAAAAAAUGCCUAUUUACUGUAAUUCAACAAUGAGUUUUUUUUUGUAAUAUAUGACAGAUCCUGAUCAAUUUUAAAAACAUGACAUAUCCGAACCUCAUAUGGCGUUAGAUUAGGAAAUAAGCUAAUUUAAUCUAAUUGAUGACAUAACUGCAUGAAAAGUAU